AUGCCUUCUAUUAAAUACGAAGCAAAGGUUGCCUCGGGUGCGACCCCAUUUUACGGCCAGUUGGUUGUCUCCAAUCUUCAUUAUGACGAUGACUCAGCAGUGACCAUCAAUGACUUCUUUGGCACUGUCUUCAAGUCGCCUGCUAGACUUGGAAAAAACGAUAUCGUUGUGGGGACCAACCCCUGGCAGGAAGUCACACCAGACGUCACGGUCAAUCAGAUUGGCGAUUCGACCUUUCUCGUCAUAGUGAGGCUUGAAUUCAAGGGUCCUUAUACAUUCAACCUUUCUGAUACCAUAUCAUUUGGUAUCAAUGGUGAUUUGACCGAUGACCCUGAUUUCUAUCAGAAUUCUUUUUCCUUCGAGGCCGAUCAGAUGCCUUACGCAACCGGGAUAGUUGAAAUCCAUGUCCCACCCGCUCCUACUCCAGCCCUUGCAUCCAGCAAGCUGUCUAUUGUUCUCCAGUCAAAAUUUGCAAAGUUUCCUUUCAAUCUCCCUCUUGUGGGCACCAUCUUGGAAAAUGUACCACCGGGCGAUUACAAUGUUUCAGUCAUGGACCUCGCUACGGAAGACCAAACUACUGUUGCUGAAACUCGGGCCUCGCCCACAUUCCUGGAUGUCAAUAUUGGAGAGUAUACUGGUGUCAGCAUUACCUUUGGCUCCGUGUCAAAGUACAGUGCCUUGGAUUUGGGUUUUGGAGACAUUCCACCACUCCAGGGAGAAAACUUUCACGUGCAGUUGCUCAUUGACGGCGCGCCGUUCACGGAUUUCUAUAGCUCUACAAACCACACGUCUCCGGUGCGACGCCUUCCGGAAACAGGAUCUUUCGCAGUGAUCGUUGAUAAUAUUACUUUGAAUAAUGUCGAUUAUACGUUCCGUGUGUGGAAUGAGGGUCUUCCGCGCAAGCUAUUCACUAUUAUAUACCGUGAAGAUGAUGUAAAGUCUUCGCCUAUUGACACUUCAGGCUUUGUCCAGCUACCUAUCGUCAUAGAAUCUGAUUUUGAGGUCGACCAAGAUAUUCUGAUACGCCUCACCUCGGAUGAUUUGAUCUAUACCGAAAAGGUCCCUGCUCAAGCUGGCACUACGCCGUUCUCCGUGCUGGUAGCUCCAGGAGAGUACUCGAUUCGUAGCGCAAGCUUUGUCAACAGUGGAACAGUGUAUGUGGUUGAAACCGCAACCAAUAUUACUGUAUUACCAGAUGGUAGCACGGAGCUCAACCUUAAGCUGCUGAAGGGAGCUUCUCUUCAAGUCAAAGGCUUUCCUGACCAUUUGAGCUUCGGUGCCAUCGCUGAUUUGACACCUGACAAUGCUAAAGAUCUUGUUGCGGCUCGAGUGUCGUCCAUCUUCAAGUACGCCGGCACUGAUGGCGCCGGAGACAAGGAAAAGUUCUUGGACAAUGACUCUUCCACUAGCAGAACAAUCCAACUUGCGCUCGAGGUUGAAAAUGAGCUCGCAGAUGGCAGUAAAGUUUUGCCAGUAAUGAUCUCCUAUACCUGCAAUCUCUCUCAAGGAGACAUAUAUGAGCAGCUUCGAAGAAAAGAUUGGCUGACCCACAGCUUUGCAAAUCUGAUCUUGGCUCUCAACAUUGCGAAAAGUGCAGUUGAUGAGGACCACCCAGUACCGGCUGGUUUCAUUGUUAACCCCGACUUCUUGGGAGAAGGCCAAAAGGCGAACCUCGUUGACUAUGGCGUGCCGGUCAGAGAGCCAUUACAAGAUGCCCUUGAUCACUGGCAGAUCGAAGCGGAGAUUCCUGACUCCAUUGUCGAUACCUUUGCAGGGUAUACUCAUGCCGUCAACUGGCUUAUCCGAACAGUGGCCCCCAGCGUUACUUUUGGCUGGCAAGUUAAUAUUUGGGGCGGCGGUACUUCCACCUGGAUUUACAACACUGGCUCGGAUGACGACGGUGGUUCGGAUAACAAUGAGCCAUACGCCGAAGCAAAUAAACUUGCAGAGUACAUCAAGUCGCUCGGCACUUAUGACGGCGAGUAUGCGCCCGAUUUCCUUGCUAUAGACCGCUACGAAGCCGAUGACUGGACUCUGCGUGCCUAUAGCAACGGCUAUUUCUACGGCCCAUACGAGUGGCGUCGCUUUUACGACUUUGUCCGAGAUGUUAGUAUAAGUUUGCAGGUGCCCGUGAUGCCUUGGCAGAUUCCUGCGAGUCGCGCACCACUGGUGGCGGAUAUCGUCUCGAGCGAGUAUGAUUCUGAGCACUGGGGUACGGGAGGCAGCUAUUUAUUGGGAGAUGUCGAUAUCAACUCUGAUUAUCAGAACAUCAAUCCUACAGUCUUGUCUCUUAAGCUCGACUCUUCUCUGAUCAAGGCCGAUACUGCAGCCGAGGUUUGGCAGCGCGGCGAGCCGUUUGACUUGUCGCAGCCGGCGUAUCGGGAUUUCCCAUUGCGUGGCAUAUUUACGGUUUUGUUGGGAGGAGGAUCCACCACCGGAGUCAUUUCGACAGUCGGAAAUGCUGGGCCUUGGGUAAUUGACAGGUUGAGUGCAUACGCAGACGACCCGAUCAAGUUUGAUGACACUUCUUCUGAUGGCUCCAAUACCAAGGCUAAAUGUCGUCAGUCUACAGGUAAUCAGUGGUGGUCGAGACUAUGGGAGGAAUGGCGACGCACAGGAAAUGCUCGAGUUUGA